AUGCCGGGCGACGUCCCGGUCUUCGCGCCUUCCGGGGAGUCGGACUUCCGCAUCUACCACAACAGCAUGGACCUGUCGCGCGAGACGCUGCGAUUGCACUUCGCCAAGUUUGGCAAAGUCCUCGACGUGUACGUCCCUCGAGAUCCGCAGACGGGACAGCCGCGCUCGUACGGGUUCACGACGUUCCAUGACGAAGAGGGGAUGGAGAAAGCGCUCGCGCACGCGGCCACGCACGACAUCACCGGCGUGAAAGUCCCGGUGAGCUACGCGGGGAGGAAACCGAGGCAACCCGACGGCGGGGGCGGCGGCGGGGACGGCGACGGAAGGGGGAGUCACGGAAGCGCCCCCUCGUCGUCGACGGGCGCGGCAGAGCGCGAGCGCAAGGGCGCGGGUCCGCGCGUGUACGUCGGCGGGAUCGACAACGCCUACCCGGGGCACAGCGUCGACGGGAUCAAGGCGCACUUCGGUAAGCACGGCGUCGUGACGGACGUGUACGUGCCGAAGCAUCGAAUCACGGGCGAGAAGCAGCCGUAUUGUUUCGUGACGUUCGCCGCCGCGGAGGGCGCUCAGAAGGCCAAGGCGGCGUUCGAAAGGGGGGAGAGAAACGUCGCGGGGAAAGAGAUCGAAGCGGUCAACGACGCGCCGGAUAGGAACGCGCACUACGGCCGCGAUGGCGGCGGAGGGGGGGGAGGAGCGCCGGGCCCGGGCCCGGGCCCGCCGCGGCAUCAUCCGCAGCCGCCGCCGCCGCGGCAUCAUCCGCAGCCGCCGCAAUACGAGUACGUGCUCGUGCCCGUGGGUUCUUCCGCGGCGCCGGGUCCGGGUCCGGGGCCGCAGAUGACGCCGGCGCCGGGGGCGGGGCCGCAGAGGCCGCCGACGACCGCGCCGCCGCCGAUGCCGUAUCACCACCCGCACCAGCCGCCGCACGCGCCCGCGCGCCCGCCGCCGCCGGGUCCGAUGAUGAUGAUGAUGAUACCGGCGCCGGCGCCGGCGCCUCCCGGGGCGUAUCAUCAACCGACGGGGGGGGCGCCGCAGAUGACGCCGUAUCGUCACCCGCACCCGGCGGCGCCGCAGCCGCAUCGGCAGCCGCAUCGGCAGCCGUACUCGGCGGCGGCGCCGCCGGGGGGGUCGGCGCCGAGAGGCGGCGACCGCGGCGGGGGGCAACACCGCAGGCACGCGCCGUAUUCUGGACGCCCUGAACGAUCGGGCGAACCUAGAAAGUAG